AAUAUUUUUACGACUUUUGUAAAAACGGAUGUGUAUAAACAAAUAUUACUUUUAACAUUUUCUCUCAUGUUUUUUUAAUUGAUUUCUUUUAUGCAUGUGACCGCUCAGUCAUUGUUUUGAACAUAGAAGCUCACCGUAUUUACAGAAUGAUUACGUUACUUUAUUUAAAAAAACCAGAUAUCAAAGAAUGCGAGUCAGUAUGAUACGUAAGCUGAUAUAUCUGUCAACCAUUGUGGAGAAAUAACAGAAGUGAUAUCAGACUUGCUUUCUCAUAACCGCAGGCACUUGAGUUUUGUUUGCGUUCAUGGUCUCUACAAAAAGAUGAGUAUACUUGUCAUUGGUUUAUGUUCUUGAUAAAAUAAAUGUACUCCGUUUAUUGAAAUGAAAUUGAUUAUACUUCGUUCGUAAAAAGUAUGCAUCGGUAUGCAUACUGUAAAAAAUAAAGUACAGAAGCCAUAUUUAAAGAAGAAAUCGAAAUUGUGCCUGUUUCCAGUUAUGGCCUAGUGACUACAUAUUUAAAUUUCAUUUUCUUUCAAUAACGAAGAAGAUAAUUGUGAAUCGAAACAAAAUGCCUCCUACUCGUACAGUGUCGAUUGAUUCACAAGGCAUGCAGAUAGUGGAACUGCAUCGUACCGAGAGCAUGCCAACUCCACCAGUUGAGUUUGAGAAGCAACUGACUGACGCUCAAUCGAACAAAGAGGAGGAUGUCUUUUCAUACAUAACUUCGAAAGUGAGCCCUGUCAUCUCCGAACUCAAACAGCUCAAAAUCGAAGUUGUCAUGUUUAUGUAUAUGUUCUCAUACAUCAUGCGUUCGGUGUCUUCUACCAGUAUGAUACUCGAUAAAGUGUGUAUUGUUCACCUGAAUGAAUCAGAAUACGUUUGCCACCAUUUAAAAGAUCACAAAGAUCUCAAAACCACAGUCGAAAAGAUAGCAAACAACUACCAUCUUGGUCAUUCUAUGUUACAAAUGAUACCUUCAGCAAUUUUGGCUUGCUUCAUUGGAGCUUGGAGUGACAAAUAUGGUAGGAAAGCACCAAUAGUCUGCGCUCUGAUUGGAAUCAUUAUAGACGGGCUAGGAUCUUCAAUUUGUGCAGGACUUUUUUACACUAGAGUGGAAUAUUAUUUUAUUCCUGCUAUAUUCACGGGCCUCUCUGGUGGCUUCAUUGGAGUAUUCACUGUCCUCUACAGUUAUGCAUCAGAUAUCACGACUUUCAGACAGAGAACUAUGAAGUAUGCUAUCAUGGAAUUAGCGUUCGGUCUAUCCAUGCCCCUUGGAAUCUUGGCAGGUGGUUUUCUGUUUCAGGCUUAUGGUUAUUUUGUCGUGUUUAUGGUAUCAACUGUUGGUCACGUUCUUGCUUUGGCAUGGGUGUUGUUCGUACUGGAAGAAACGAAGGGUUUAGACAACACAGAUCCGUGGAGAGAAAAAUUUCGAAAUUUUUGGUCAUUCCAGCCUGUUUUAGAAAGUUACAAGGCAACCGUCAAACCGAGACCUAACAAGGGAAGGGAGCAAAUUUUGCUCCUUAUGCUCGCUAUGGGAAUUGCGGUUCUGUCUUUUUCAUCGACAGCCAAUAUCAAUUAUUUAUAUGUUCAUCACAUGUACGACUGGGAUAAUACCAAGUAUUCAACAGUACAUUCAAUAUUUUCUAUCAUUGGAGUUUUCUGCAUGUUUAUCGCCGUUCCUGUAUUCAGGCGCUUUGGUUUCGACGACCCAACUCUCGGAUUAGUUGGCAUAUGUUCCCUGCUUGCCAAAUUCAUAACGAUAGGCCUGGCACAGAGAGUAGGAAUUUAUUUUCUCGGAAAUCUUUUUGGCCUCCUGGGAUCCCUCAGUACUCUGGCAGGCAGAUCCAGAAUCUCUAAAGUUUCGUCAAAGAAUGAUAUAGGCAAGAUCUUCGCUUUCCUCACUUCCGCAGAGGCGAUCCUCCCUAUAGCUGCCGCGGCCAUCGUAUCCCAGGCUUUCAAUGCAACUUUAGAUUUAUAUCCAGGCACCACUUAUUUAGUGCUGGGGUGUACGAUGGUGAUACCUCUUGGAAUUUAUAUAUGGAUGGCCCGUCUACCUGCAGCUGAUUAUGAAGAAAUGUACAAUAAUCCACAACAAGAAGAAAAUGAAAUUAAAAAUGAAAAGAAACUCAGAUUUUGAAGAAAGCAAUCCGAAAAUUGCUGGUGUUUUGAAAUGAGAUAGGUAAAAUGUUAUUUUAGGAGAAAAAAAAUUUGAUGUUAGCAAUUAGCUAUUGAAUUAUUCCAAACUCUGAUAAGAUAUAAAAAUGACAUUUGGAGCUAAAAAAUAUUGAUUUUUUUUUGUAUUUUUUGUAUGAAUCGUACAAAAAUAUAUGGAUUAAAUUCAAAUGUAAAUAUCAAUAAAUUCUUUCGUUGAAUAUAUAUGGAUCAAAAGUUG